AAAAAAAAUAUUCGGCGAGUCUUUUCUCUCACUACUCUUUCUUCUUCGUCUUACGUUUUCCUCUUCCACUGGACUUGGUUCGUUCUAUGUUACUCCUGCUUCUACUGUUCCAAUGGCGAAGAAUAACGUGAGCGAUAACGCUCCUCUGUCGCGAUUCGGCGUCCUGGUCGCUCAAUUGGAGUCGAUUGUGGCGUCAGCAUCGCAGAAAAACCCUGACCCUCUCCUCUGUUUCGAGAUCCUUUCUGAUCUUAUUUCCGCACUCGAUGAAGAGCACAAGGAAUCUAUAUUAAUAUGGCAACGAAAAUGUGAAGAUGCUUUGUAUUCUCUGGUUACUCUCGGAGCUCGGCGACCGGUACGGCAUCUUGCGUCAGUGGCUAUGGCGAAAAUCAUAUCAAAUGGUGAUAGUAUUUCGAUAUACUCUAGAGCUAGCAGUUUACAAGGGUUUCUUUCGGAUGGGAAGCGGAAUGAUCCUCAGCGAGUUGCAGGUGCUGCCCAAUGCUUGGGUGAGUUGUAUCGUCAUUUUGGGAGAAAAAUUACUUCUGGCUUAGUCGAAACAACAGUUAUUGUGACAAAAUUAGUGAAGUUUAACGAGGAUUUUGUGAGACAAGAAGCCUUUAUCUUGCUUCACAAUGCUUUGGAAGGCUGCGGUGGUACAGCUGCUGCCACUGCGUACUCAGAAGCAUACCGUCUGAUCACAAGAUUUUCCACUCUGGACAAAUCAUUCGUAGUGAGAAUUGCUGCUGCUCGUUGUUUGAAGGCCUUUGCCAACAUUGGAGGACCUGGUCUUGGUACUAGCGAAUUUGAUACUUUAGCGACUUACUGUGUCAAGGGUAUUGAAGAUUCGGAAUCAUCUGUCCGGGAUGCAUUUGCAGAGGCUCUGGGCUCAUUGCUUGCGCUAGGAAUGCAUCCUGAAGCGCAUGUCCAACCUAGAGGUAAAGGUCCAUUUCCACCAGCAAAGAAACUGGAAGGUGGCUUGCAGAGGCAUCUAAUUUUACCCUUCACAAAAGCGGUUGGAUCUCGGGCAAGGAACAAGCGGUUUGGUUUGGCUCUGUCAUGGGCGUUCUUUUUACAGGCCAUUAGGAUAAGGUAUUUGGAUCCAGAUAGUGAGCUUCAAGACUAUUCUUUGCAUGUUAUGGACAUGCUGCGGGGUGACACCUCAAUUGAUGCCCAUGCACUGGCAUGUGUUCUUUACAUCCUACGGGUUGGCGUAAUUGAUCAAAUGAUGGAACCCAGCCAGAGAAGCUUUUCCGUUUUCCUCGGAAAGCAGCUUCAGUCUUCAGAUGCUAGUCCAUCAAUGAAAAUUGUUGCUUUGCGGGCUUUGUCAUAUACGUUAAAAACACUGGGAGAGGUUCCCCAUGAAUUCCGGGAGUUUUUUGAUGACACCGUGGGUGCAGCACUGUCACAUUUUUUGGAACUUUUCGAUAUACUACUGAGUAUCCAGAGUCAGCUUUGUGCAGCGUUUAUUAGCUUUACCUGUCAUGCCAACUUAAAUGUAAAUGACAACCCAAGGGUACGUGUUGAGGCUGCUUUAACUUUACGAGCUUUGGCUGAGGUUGAUCCCACCUGCGUUGGUGGGUUGACUUCGUAUGCUGUAACCACUGUUAAUGCUUUACGGGAAGGUUUAUCAUUUGAAAAGGGAGAAAAAUUGAAAACUGAUCUUGCUUCAUUGCAUGGGCAAGCAGCAACUUUGGCAGCUCUAGUCUCCAUUUCUCCUGGACUCUCCCUUGGUUAUCCUGCUAGAUUGCCAAGGUCAGUGCUUGAAGUUUCAAAGAAGAUGCUAACAGAAUCAAGGAGAAAUAUAACAGUCGCCUCAAGUGAAAAGGAAGCUGGAUGGUUAUUGUUAUCAUCACUAUUAAAUUCUAUGCCAAAGGAGGAGUUUGGGGACCAAGAUUUUGAUAUUCUUAUCCUGUGGGCUGACGUCUUUACUGGAAACCCAGAGCAGUUGAUCAAACAACAUACAGAUUUAAAAUCUACGUUAAGUGUAUGGUCUGCUGCAAUUGAUGCACUCACAGCCUUUGUGCGACGUUUUGUCUCUUGUGAUGAUGGUAUUCUACUUCAACCAGUACUGGCAAACCUCCGUAGCGCUUUGUCUUAUGUAUCGGCAAUGGCCAACAAACGGCUUCCUGAUGUCAAAACUUUGGUCGACAUUCUCAUCAUAAGAAUAUUGAUAGCUUACCAGUCCAUCCCAGAUCCCUCGGCCUAUAAAAGUGAGCAUCAGCAAAUUAUUCAGCUAUGCACAACACCAUAUAGGGACCCUUCUGGAUUCGAGGAAAGCUCGUGCUUGAAGGCGCUCCUAGACAAAAGAGAUGCAUGGCUUGGUCCUUGGAUUCCUGGCAGGGAUUGGUUUGAAGACGAGCUUCGUUAUUUUCAAGGAGGGGAAGAUGGUUUAGCACCAAGUGUAUGGGAAAGUAAAGUUUCUAGUUUUCCUCUGCCAGAGACUCUGAAAAAGACAUUGGUGAAUCAGAUGGUUCUCUGCUUUGGUAUCAUGUUUGCUUCUCAGGAUAGCCAUGGGAUGCUCUCACUUCUUUCUGGCAUACAACAGUGUAUGAAAGCUGGAAAGAAGCAACAAUGGCGUACAGCCAGCUUAACUAACAUCUGUGCGGGACUUCUUGCCGGAUUAAAGGCAUUGCAUGCUCUACGUCCUCAGCAACUAGGGACAGAGGUAUUAAGCACAGGGCAAGCCAUUUUUCAGAGUAUUUUAACAGAGGGAGAUAUUUGUGCGUCGCAACGCAGAGCAGCAUGUGAGGGUCUUGGUCUUCUAGCUCGGCUUGGAAAUGACAUCUUUACAGCAAGAAUGAAGGAAAAAAAAAGCGGUACCGAUUUUCUUGGUCUAUAUGUUCUUAUUUAUCUUUAGUGAUUGGAAGUAUGACAAACAAAUUCUUUUAUAUCUCACAUAUGUUUUUGCAUGGUGAUAAAUAGACCAGAGUGCUUCUUGGCGACUUAAGUGGGAUAACUGAUCCAAACUAUGGUGGAUCAAUUGCUCUUGCACUUGGCUGCAUCCAUCACAGGUGGAGUUUGGCUUUCUUACUUGAACAUUCUGUUUAAUAUGUGUGCAGGAGGAAUGGCACUGUCGACCUUAGUACCGGCUACUGUUAGUUCAGUCUCAUCUCUGGCCAAAACUCCCGUUCUUGGUCUUAAGAUUUGGGCCUUGCAUGGGCUUCUUUUGACCAUUGAAGCUGCUGGUUUAUCAUUCGUAUCUCAUGUUCAGGCAGCAUUAGGACUUGCCUUGGACAUCUUAUUGACUGAAGAAAGUGGAUGGAUCGAUCUUUCCCAAGGCAUUGGACGUCUUAUCAAUGCUAUUGUUGCUGUCCUUGGUCCUGAGCUUUCUCCUGGCAGCAUUCUGUUUUCACGCUGCAAGUCUGUUAUUGCAGAGAUUAGUUCUUGGCAAGAAAUUCCAACUCUACUUGAGAGCGUCUGUUUCACUCAGCAGCUAAUUCUUUUUGCUCCACGAGCUGUGUCAGUGCAUUCACACGUGAAGAAUCUCUUACUGACGCUGGCAUCAAGACAGCCAAUAAUUAGACGUCUCUCUGUGUCAACUCUUCGGCAUCUGAUUGAGAAAGACCCGGUUUCCGUCAUUGAUGAGCAGAUAGAAGGUAACUUAUUUCAGAUGUUGGAUGAAGAAACGGAUUCUGAGAUUGGGAACCUGAUCCGUAGUACCUUGAUACGCCUGCUUUAUGCCACAUGCCCAUCACGCCCAUCUCGAUGGAUGUCAAUAUGCCGAAACAUGGCCCUUGCAGCAUCCGCUGGAAGGAGUGCUGAAACGAACAGUACAGAAAAUGAUCCUGCUAAUGCAAGAGAGAACCUUGGAGAUGAUGAUGAAGACAUGGUUUCUAGUUCUAGUGGAAAAUCUUUACGUGCCAAUCUUGAUAAAGACAAAACCUUGAGAUACCGAACCAGAGUUUUUGCUGCUGAGUGUUUGAGUCUUUUGCCAGAGGCUGUUGGAAAGGAUGCUGCUCAUUUUGAUCUUUCAUUGGCAAGGAAACUUGCUUCUGAUAGACAAAGCUCAGGUGACUGGCUAGUCCUUCAACUACAAGAGCUAAUAUCUCUUGCUUAUCAGAUAAGCACUAUUCAGUUUGAAAACAUGAGGCCGAUUGGAGUUGGACUUCUUAGUACAAUUCUUGAGAAGUUCAAGUUAGCAGCCGACCCUGAACUUCCUGGACAUCUUCUUCUGGAACAAUAUCAGGCUCAACUUGUGUCUGCUGUUCGUACUGCCUUGGAUGCAUAUUCUGGCCCUGUUCUUUUGGAAGCUGGGUUACAAUUGGCCACAAAGAUAAUGACCAGUGGAAUAAUUAGCAGUGAUCAAGUUGCAGUAAAACGCAUAUUUUCUCUGCUUUCACGUCCGCUCAAUGAGUUCAACGAACUAUAUUAUCCGUCGUUUGCUGAAUGGGUCACAAGCAAGAUCAAGAUCAGGCUUCUUGCGGCACAUGCCUCGCUAAAGUGUUAUAUAUUUACAUUCUUGAGAAAACACCAUGGUGAGGUGCCAGUAGAAUUUGAAGCGCUAUUGCCAUUGUUUUCCAAGAGUUCAGACCUGCUCGGUAGGUACUGGAUUCAAGUCCUAAAGGGCUACAGUUAUGUUUGCUUAUGUCAGAACCUCAAAAAAAGUCAGUGCUCGUUCUUGGAUGAAAUCUCGCCACAUACUGUGUCGAGAAGGCUACAGCCUUGUCUGGAAGAGGCAUGGCCUGUGGUCCUGCAAGCUUUGGUCCUGGAUGCAAUUCCUGUAAAUCAUAGCGUAGAAGAAUUUUCUGAUGGCUCCUUAAUAUCUAGACAUCGCAUGGUUACACUAGAGGUUGAAGACUAUCAGUUUCUAUGGGGAUUCGCUGUACUUGUCUUAUUUCAGGGGAUGCAUGAAGUCUCUGAUACGCAAGUAAUACCUUUUGGCUCAGCUAAAAUUAAAUAUAGUGGAGACUCCAGCAUCAAGGAAACUUCGUUCCAGGGCUUAACGUUAUAUGACAUUGCAUUACCAAUUUUCCAAUCUCUUUGUGCUGAAAGAUUUUUCACCAGUGGCUUCCUUAGCGUAGAUCUCUGCCAAGAACUAUUGCAGGUUUUCUCGUAUUCCUUUAAUAUGGACAGUUCAUGGGAUAUUCUUGCAGUUUCCGUAGUCCAGCAGAUUUCACGUAACUGUCCAAAAGAUUUUUUUGAGAGUGAGCAAUUUGCCUAUUCAACCAUGGAACUCUGUCUGGGGUACCUGUUCAAACUUCUCCACAGGCACAAUGAAAUGUCGCCAGAUGAUGCCAUUUGGGAUAAUUUGAUGUCUCCUCUAUUUAUCUCCAUUAAGACGCUAGUGACACGUUUUGAGUUGAAGUCUCGUUUAAAGUCGGCACCUCUGGCAUUUCUAUUAAGUGGGUAUAAGUGCAUCCGGCAAGUCCCCACUGACGCAUACCUACCAAAAGCUCUUGAGAUUGUGAAGGCCACCAAUGAGUUAUUGCUUGAGCUUACCAGAACCUCAUCACAAAUUCCUUCCACUGAUGCCACUGAUUCUGCUGCCGAUAGUAGCGUUCAUCUUAGAGCAAUUUUUGGUGCUUGUGUGCACAUGGUUGGUGAUCUGACUAAAGAUUGUAUCAACGGAAUCGAUCUCGUGGACAACAAGAGAUCAGGGUUACGCAAGCUUCUUCAGCUGAAGCUUGCAUUCUGUCUGGAACAACUCUUUUCUCUGGCUAAGCUUUCCUAUGAGUUUGACUGUCCAGGAGAUGAAACUGAUUCAAACUCUAUCUGCAUUGCCAUGUUGAAGAGUUGCCAAAUUAGUAUAGCAGCAGUAGUUAACGAUUCCAAUAUGCAGGUUCAAGCCACUACCUUACAAGUGCUGAAAAGCUUGGUACAGCGUUCCAACAACGCAGAGGAGAAAAGUUUCGUGAUCUUCUUUGUUGGGGAACUUGUUGGAGAUAUUGUCAGUCUGAUGCAGAGGGCGCUUCUGGUUGUUUUCUCGUUUCCUUCUUCCAAUCUCAACAGAAUUUAUUUUAAACCAAUGAAUAAGGAAUCGGUGGUUAUAGCUGGUGAAUGCUUGCGGCUUAUAAUGCUACUUCAGACACACUCAAUUGUUGAUGAUCUUCAGAAGGGAUUUAUGAGCCUUUUUCUUGAAUCCGUUCUUGUGGUUUUCUCUAAGACUUCAGAUGGCGUUUCUCAGGAAGUCCUCGAAUUAAGAAAUAUAGCUUUACGGCUUGUUUCCCAUCUAGCUCAGUUGCCUUCUUCGGCUGUUCACUUUAAGGAUGUUUUGCUGUCGCUGCCAACAACACACCGGCAGCAGCUUCAGGAUAUUAUCCGUGCUUCUGUCUCUCAAGAUAGCGCCCUUCCGAAGCCAAAAUCCUUGGUUUCACCAAUGGAUAUCAAACUACCAGCACCUGUGGUAGCAACACCUGAGAAAGUCACCUCUUCUGCUGAUAUGGUUAAAGCUGAAUCAUUGUCCACUGUGCCAACAUCAACUAAUCAGUUUAGCACAGUAGAAAGUGGAAUCGACGAAGAAAGUGAUGAUGAUGAUGACGACGAAGAUGAUGAUGAUUGGGACACUUUCCAGUCUUUUCCUGCUUCCACAAAUCCUCAAGCGUCAGAGUCAAAGACAGAAAGCAUUUCUGAAGAGGAGCCAGUCUCUCCUAGGAGCCCUUGUAUUCAGGAUGAUGAAUUAAAUGAGACAAAUAAUACAACACUUGCAGAAGAAGCUGAUGAUCAACCUCUUGCAUCUGACCGUGCCGCUGACACCGCAAGAGAAGAUUCUGUUGACCAGAGCAAAGGGGCCGAGGAAACAGUAGAGCCAUCUCUCGUAGAAGACGCUCUUAAAAGCGAGAAUGACAAAACCCCAUCCGAUGAUCAGCUUGUUGAAAUGGAAGAAGAAUCAGUUGAAAGUAAGAAGGGUUCUGAAUCUGAAAAUACUGGAGUUGAUAUCAAUCUUCCUUCAACUGAAGCAGAUUCACCAGACUUAGAUGAGACAUCAGAUGAUCUUGAACCGCAACAGUUUCAACAGAAAGUCAAGGAUGACCAAGAAAGAUCUAGCACCGAACUGGUUGGAGAUGAUGUUGUUGUUGUAUCAGGUAAGACAAUGGCUGAAAAUAAGAGCGAGGAGGAUUAAACAUUAGGAGACUAAUAUAUGAGAAGCCAGUUUUCUUUUUUGUUGAAGAACUGUGAGUUUGAGAGGUUAUAUAAUAGUAGUUACUUCGACCAUUUAUGAUUCAGCUGUAUUUUUUUGGUCAUUUCAAUUGCUGUGAUUUGGGGGAUAUAUCUUAGUGUAUAAAACUGGCGGAGAACGUUUAUAACAUUGUUUGGUAUUGUGUCAGUCUAUGGAAACCUUCUCUUGCUAAGAGUCUUUUUGGACCCUCUUUGCCAUAUUUAGAAAGAAGCAUUC